AUGGUCUUGGUCAGAGAUUCAACUGGCACUUACAGACUAGGCCGUGCUCUACUUGACUCGUGUUCGCAGGUGAAUUUCGUCACCGAUUCGUUUGCUCAGAAGCUUCGUCUAAAAAGAGAGAAACACGAUGUGCAAAUCAGCAGUAUUGGCCAUGCACGUACAGACAUCACUUCGCUUACAACUACAUCAAUAAGGUCUCGUUUGUCGCCUUUUGAAGUUUCGUUAGAUCUUUGCGUCACCUCGCAUAUAGCCUAUCAGCCGGACAUCAAUAUCGACAUUUCAACAUGGAAAAUGCCAGAAAAUAUUGUGUUGGUAGAAGAGAAAUUCUACCAAUCUCGACACAUCGACAUGCUUUUAGGAACAGAAGCAUUCUUCGACAUUCUGUCAGUGGGCCAAGUUAAACUUGAUACAACUGGGCCCAUGCUCCAAAAGACACUGUUUGGUUGGGUAGUAACAGGAAAGUGUCAUCCGCAACAGUCUCGAGAGCUUGCUGCUAGUUUUAAGCUUGGUGCCACUUCAAUUGACGAUCACCUUAAACGCUUAUGGGAAAUUGAAUCAACUGAAACUUCAAAUGUGCUGUUGAAACCAGAACAUCGAGCUUGUGAGGAACACUACGUAAAAACGACUGUUAUAAAUGACAGUGGUCGCAUUGUUGUAAGGCUGCCGUUUAAGAACAAUCCCAGUCAACUUGGUCAUUCAUUCGACAUAGCACGCCGCAGAUUUCUCAGCUUGGAACGCCGUUUGGCACAAUCUUCGGAACUUCGCUUACAGUAUUGUCAAUUCAUGGAGGAGUAUGAACGUUUGGAACACAUGUCGCUGGUCACAGAACCAAACUUAUCGGAACCUCACUACUACAUACCUCACCAUUGCGUUUUGAAGCCCAGCAGCGAAUCCACAAAGCUUCGAGUGGUCUUCGACGCCUCGUGUCGAACAUCCAAUCAAACUUCGCUCAAUGAUCAUUUACUUGUCGGCCCGACUCUCCAAGACGAUUUAUAUUUGCUGUUGUUGCGUUUCAGAUUACAUCGUUACGCCAUAACAGCUGAUGUAACCAAGAUGUACAGGCAAGUAAAUGUUGAUUUAAAUGAUCGCAAAUACCAGUACAUACUCUGGCGAGCUCUUCCAGAUGAACCACUUCGCACUUAUCAACUCAACACGGUUACAUAUGGAACAGCCUCAGCGCCAUACUUAGCCAUACGCAGCCUGCAUUAUUUGGCAAAUCUGUGUCGAACUGAGUAUCCAAUCGGUGCUGCAGUCAUUGAAUCGUCGUUCUAUGUAGAUGACCUGUUAUCUGGAGGUGAGGACAUAGAAACUCUUCGCACAAUCAAGGAUCAAGUCACGAAAAUUCUUCAUCGUGGUCACUUUCCGUUAUCUAAGUGGCAUUCAAAUCAUGCCCAAUUUAUCGAAAACUUCGCUAUCAAGGAUUUAAAUACGUGUGACAACGGAUUGACCAGCGCACUUGGCGUCAGCUGGAAUCAACACACCGAUAUGCUGCUAUUUCACUUCAAACCGAAAAUCGUUGCGUCAACCGUCACCAAGAGGACCAUUCUGUCAAUUGCAUCAGCGUUGUUCGACCCUCUCGGACUGGUGUCACCACUCAUAAUCGUCGCAAAGAUAAUCCUACAGGAGCUCUGGCUUGCAGGGCUUACUUGGGACGAAUCGGUACCACAGCAUCUUGAACUGGCCUGGAAGAAGUGCCUGGAAUCAUUCCAAACCAUUUCGUCACUUGCUGUACCCCGGUACUGCAAACAGGUCAACCAAAGCUCAUUUCAAUUGCAUGGGUUCUGCGACGCUUCGAUUCGAGCGUACGGCUGUUGCAUCUACGUGCGGUCGGAAUCUGCUUGCGGAAACAUUGGUGUUCAUCUUCUCACUGCCAAGUCCAAGUAA